CCAGGGCCACCCGGAAGAGCCGGUUCCAAACGCUAGUGCCACGUCAGGCCCGGGAGCUGAGCGCUGGCCCGGCCGCUGCAGCACGGACUGAGCGCUCUCCUCGGCGGGGACUGGCCGGCAGAGUCCGGCCUGGGGCAUCUAACCAGGCCCAGAAGCAUGAGGUCCCCCGUUCCCGCCGACUCUCCGGGGCGCUGGUGGCGGGGGCUGCUGCUGCUGCUGCUGCAGGCCCAGGGGCUGCGAUGCACCCAGCUGACUUUCGAACUGCCCGACAGCGCCAAGCAGUGUUUCCAUGAGGAGAUGGAGCAGGGGGUGAAAUUCACCCUGGGUUAUCAAGUCAUUAGUGGUGGACAGUAUGAUGUAGACUGCUUUAUUGAAGACCCCCAUGGAAAGACAAUUUACAAAGAAACCAAGAAGCAGUAUGACAGUUUCUUUCACCAGACAGAGAGCAAAGGAAUCUACAAGUUUUGCUUCAGUAAUGAGUUUUCCACCUUUACCCACAAAACUGUGUACUUUGAUCUACUAAUUGGAGAUGAACCCCCCAUUCUCCCAGAAAUGGGAAACAGAGUCACUGCAUUGACACAGAUGGAGUCUGCUUGUGUGACCAUUCAUGAAGCCUUGAAAACAGUGAUUGAUUCUCAGACACAUUAUCGACUCAGGGAAGCUCAGGACCGGAACCGAGCUGAUGAAUUAAAUGAGCGGGUUUCAUAUUGGUCUGUGGGGGAGACAGUCAUACUCUUUGUUGUCAGCAUCAGUCAAGUGAUGCUUCUGAAAAGCUUCUUUACAGAAAAGAGACCAACCAGUCGAGGUGUCAACUCAUAACUCUGGAGGACACAUGGCCCCUAAAGUUCUGCUCAACAAAGGAAGUCCCAUUGAUACUGUCUACUUACGAAGUAGGGAGUGGAAUUCUUCCAUGUUCUUAAAACUACAAGGAGAAAUAUCCUCUCUAUGUUCUAUUGGCCUGUAAAGUCAGGUGAUAGUGUGAAAACAAAACCACUAUAAAUUAUAACAUAAUGCCAUUUUGCAUGUUUUUAAUAAUUUUGCUUCAUCUUGUCUUAUAGAUCUAGCUUGAAAUGUCCUAUGAGACUUGGGGGAAAAAAAUAGAAAAAGUAAGGUAAUGUGGAUAACUUUGACUGCAACUGGACAGUGGCAGUGACUUGGGGUCAGUAGCUGGCUACUCAUGAGAAAUAAACAACUUUGUAACUGUCCAAUAUUGCCCUAAAUCUUAGGGCUUUUCAAUUUUCUUCUCUUGUCCCAUGCUUCAGUUUUUUUACUGUAAAAAAAACCAAAAUAAACUUUUAUUAUUUUCUCCUCCCUUCCUCUUUCCCUCUAUGCCUCCUUUCUUUCUUCUACCUUCCUCUUUUUCUUACUCUUUCUUUCCCUCUCCUUCCUUCCCUCAUUUCUCCUCUUUUCCCCUCAUUCUCUUUCUUCCUUCCUCCUUCCCUCACUUUCUCCCUCCUCCCUUCUUUUCUUCUACACUUCCUUUUUCUCUUUCUCUUUACCUCCUUUAUACUCUCCUUCCUUUUCCCCUCCAUUCUUUUUUUCCUUCCUCCCUUUCUUCAUUCUUCCAUGUAACUCUCCUCUUCCUUCCUCUUUUCUUCCCUUUCUCAUUCUUUCCUCUUUCCCUCCCUCCUAAAUCCUUUCCUUCCUUCUUAAAAUUGUCAGUCAUUAUUCCUCAGUGCUUCACUCUGGACCCAGCAAUAAAAAAAAAAAAAAAAAAAAAAAACUCCUGGCCAGAGGCCAAGUCUAUUUGAAACCUUUAUACUCCAAGAAUUAAAACAGAAGAAACAUUGCAGGCCCCAAUCUAUAAAUCAGCUUUUUCAAUGGUCAUUCUCUUAGGGGCACUACAGCUUUACGCUUUCAUUGCUAUAUUUUUUAAAGAAUGGAAGCCUGGUUUAAAAAAAAAAAAAAAAGAAAGAGAGAUGUCUAGUACAUUUUAUUUCCCCCCUUUUUAUUACAAGGCAAACACAAAAUUCAAAAGAGGGCUGAAUUUGUAUCUUAAACUACUGAAUAGGAAGCUACCAAAUUACAGUUAAAAAAAAAAAAAAAGUACAAAGAGGACCAGGGCUUACAGAGCUCAAACUUUUAAUAAAGAAUCUUACUUUA